GGGGUGGAGGAGCAGAGGAGCAAGGGUUCCUGCACUUUGCUGUGUAUCCAAACUGCGGUAUGUACAGCCUAUUUGCAAUGAACCCCCAGUCCUAACCAUUUUACGCAAUUCCCCCGCCGUUACCUUUCCCUGCCCCCCCCCAGACUCCUACCCCCAUUGCUUUGCCCUAACUUGUGGUCUCCUAUGGUUUGGUAUGGUCUUUGAACCCCCCCCCCCAGAUCCGGCAGUGCCAGGCGGAGUGGCUGGCUGCCGGGGCGGACCGCUCCAGGUCCUGCGACGACUUCCUGCAACAGGUUGGCUACCGCGAGUACUCGCGCUACCUGUCCUUCCACUUCCCCUUCAUCCACGAGCGCUCGCUGCUGCGACACCUGCGGGCCUGCCCCUGGAGGAUAGACCAGCACGCGUUCAAGGCCUGGCGCCAGGGCCAGACCGGCUACCCGCUGGUUGACGCCGCCAUGCGGCAGCUGUGGAGCACGGGGUGGUGCCACAACCGCAUGCGAGUGGUGGCCGCGUCCUUCCUCGUGAAGGACCUGCUGCUGCCGUGGCAGUGGGGGCUGAAGCACUACUGGGAUGCGCAGAUCGAUGCGGACCUGGAGUGCGAUGCGCUGGGCUGGCAGUAUGUCAGCGGGGGGAUGAGCGACGCGCACCCGUUCAGCUACAUGAUGGAUCUGGAGGCGGAGGCGCGGCGGUUCGACCCGGACGGGGAGUUCGUGCGGCGCUGGCUGCCGGUGCUGUCGCGGCUGCCCACACAGCACAUACACGCGCCCUGGAAGGCACCGCCGCAGGUGCUGGCGGCCGCUGACGUGGAUCUGGGCUGCAACUACCCCGCCCCUAUCAUCUCCCUCACGGACGCACACGCCAAUGUGCAGUACGCUUGUGCCGUACUCGACAAGUGUGCCGUACAGCAGUCCAGUGAGAGCGGCGGCAAGAACCCCUACCGCGCCCCCACCUACCCCAUGGCGAUGCCUAGCGGCGGCGGAGGCAGCGGCCCGAUUGUGGCGGCUGCUGCGGGUGCGGGUACGAACACGAGUAGUGGUGCGAAUCCGACUGGGAACGGAGGAGGCCGCACGGGGCCGUCGGCGGGGAACACAGGCGACGGCGGCACGGGAACUGGGUCUGGUACGGCAUUCCAUCCGCACAACAACGCAAGCGCUCCUACAUCUCUGCAGCAGCAGCCGCAGCAGGCUGACGGCGGAGGCGGUCAGCAGCCUCCGGAGUCUCGCUCCGGAAGCGCCGCACACGGCCCCGUCAGCAGCGGCGCCGCCGGCGCUGCCGUACAACCGCCGCCGCCGGAAGGUGCCAGGGGCGCAGCUGCGGCCCAGCCCGGUGCUGGUGGUGGUGGCGGCGGAGGCGGGGUGCCGUACUACAUGCCUGGCGAUGCAGCGGGUCAGGAGAUGCUGGAGCGCAUUCUCCGGCAGCAGCGCCGGGCUCGGGGGGCGGCUGCACGGCACCAAGACGGCAGCGGUACGGGUAAUAACCGCAGUAACCGCAAUACCUCGGGCGCGCUACAGCAGCAGCAACACCAGCACCAGCAGCAUGGUGGGUAUAACUACGCUCAGCAGCAGCAGCAGCAACAACAACAUCAGAUGGCGCCGUACGGAGCCCUGGGCGAUCCCGCUGCAGAUGCAGCAGCAGCAGCAGCCGCAUGGACGAAUGAACGCAUGGCGGCAGGACUGGAGGAUGAGGAGGCUGUAGCGCUGUGGCAGCAGCAGCAACAGCUGUUGCAGGGCGGUACGGCGGCGCUUGCCUUUGAGCAAGCCAUGCAAAUGCUGCUGGCGCGAAGGCGCAUGGGCGACGGCGCUAGUAUGUUCUUCGGUGACCCACGGGUCGGUUUCGAGGGCGGCCCCGAGGGGGAGCAGUUGAUGCUACUGGAGGAGGCUGGGGACAGCGAGGAGGUGGUUUCCAACACGGUGGGACUGAAUGCCACGGCUUUCACGGGGGCUAGCUGUCGGGCGGGGACGGCUCGUGGAGCGCGGCGGCUUGAGAUGCAUGCCACGGCGUCGACUGGCGAGCGGGAGGGCUCGGAUGAAGACAUGGGGUCCCCGGUGACAGCCAUCGGCGGCGGCGGCGGCGGCGGCUCGCCUCGAGGUCUUCAUUAUCGUCAUCAUGGGCAGCACCACCAACAGCAGAGGAGCCAUCACCAGCAGCAGCAGCAGCGUAAACGGCGGCAGUCGCACAGCGACGGUGACAAUGACGCCGGUCGCCAUGAGGAGGAGGAGGAGGAGGCAGCGGCGGCGGAGGGUGAUGAUGAGGCGCGUUAUGAGACGGGCGGCGGUGGAGGCAGCGGCUUCCAAGCCAUGCAAUGUGAUGAGGAAGGAGGAGCGGAUGAGGAGCAGCAGCGGAGGAGAGAGGAAAGGGAGGAGGGAGGAGGUGCGGCUGGGGAUGGGCAGGGCGAGGGUGGGGGUCGCGUGUCGGGGGACGGAGGAGAGGGCGGAGCGGAGAGGGUGCGUGGCGGGGGUUCGCGUCGUGCGAGAGUGAGUGAGGGCACGGAUGAGCUGCAGCAGCAGCGGCGGAGGAGCGAGGAGCAGGAGGCGGAGGACAUGACAUGGAGGCGUAGUGGUGGUGUUGGGGUUGGCGGAGGGGAGGAUGAGGCUCACCUGGCUCUCGGGCGGUAUGGAUCGGAGGGAGAUAGCGGUGCGCCGCAGCGGCAGCAGCAGCAGCAGCAACACCUGCAGCAUCGUCCCCAACAAGUGGCGGCGCCGCUGCCCCUGCAGCAGCAGCAGCAGCAGGACUUGCAACACGGACAGCACAAGCGCCGGCGCUCCGAAUCUGGGUCUCUGGAUUGGGAGUAGGAAGUUCGGAAGUUUGGGGUGGCGCCAUGGGUGGGCGUUGGAGAAGAGAAAGACGUAAACUGCUAAUCAUGUGUGGGUGUGUUCGGCCGCAUAGCUUGUAUUCGUUGAGUGAACCACAGGGCUACUGUACGCGCCCUCUUUUUGUUACGAGCGGUGUGAUGCUUCGAGACCUGAAAAAGAAGCCAGGAAAGCGAGUUGGGUCGCUACAAGGCUCCGUUGUCGGCCCCUUGGAAACGUAAGAGUGCGUGGAAAGAAGACUUGCACUGUUACUCUUGACUUUUCCUGCGUGCAUGUUGACAUGCGCAGCUGCAGCUGCGGCUGGGGCUGCUGCCUAAUGAGUGAAACCUCAUGCAAUAGUAUCUUUAUCGCGUGUCUUUUCCACGCUACCCUAGGUGGCUGUUGUUGUUGCUGGCCACGGUUUGCUUUGCGGUUAGAAUGCUACCUGUUUCUCCAGCACUGUUUAUGGCCUGUUACUACUAUAGCUACCCGACCUUUGGCGAAAGCGUGCUGGGUUACCAUCUGAGUAAGGAGAAGCUGUGUGCGAGAGAGAGGAUGUGGGUGAGCGGUAAACCACUACAGCGUUUUGCUUUUUGCGGCUUUCCUUGGGACACUGCGCGGAUGCUUUCCAGAGGACACUGCAGGGCUGUACGGCGACAUAGGAGCACCUCAUUGGCUUUGUGUCAGCCGUACAGACCUGUUUGCAAGCCGAUUUUCCCGCAGUGCGUUUCACGACGUGUUUGUUCUGACUCGCUUGUGUUGUGGACGACUGCUGCUGCACUGUCUAGGCUCCCCAGCACUGCCGGCUGUACUGAAGACCCAUGGGUCACAAUAAGGUUGAAUAAGAGGUCCCCAUUUCGAACGUUCCUCAUGAGACUGAUGACUGAUGCUCCGAAUGCGGACCUUGAUGCAGCAGGUUGCUUGCCCUUUGGGGUUGGAGCGAGUUUCGGUUACGUUAACACCCUGGGUAAACCUGGGCUUUCCGCUUUCCCAUUUUGUACACGGAGGAGGGGGUCACAUAAAAGGUGGGGUUUCUCAGCUCGUUUUUUGCGUAACGUGUGGGUUAUGCGCGAGAGGAACGGGUGGUGGAGGGUGUGCGUUGUGCGGGUGAUCUGUGGUGCCUCGAGCAGCUAAUAAAGGUAGCCUACGGAACCUGGAUACCCGGGGCCUGGGGCUCGGCGGGGUAUAUCCUAGAUUUGCAAAGGUCGUUACUCGCGGUUUACCUGGACCGCCAGCCGGCAAACUCCGGUGCAUCAGCCGCCUGGAUGCGCGCCCUGCUUACAGGGCCCCCGCUGUGUGUUGCGCUGUGAUGGAACCCGUUGGUGGGGCGGUUUUCCGGGGUCCGGCCGAGAGGCCCGGAAGACCAAGGAUAACCCCUGGUGGUUUCGAAUGCUUGUCUGUUGAGAGGAGUUGGCAUUUGGCUGUGGUUUCUUCUCGCUUGUGUGUGCUGUCCUGAUUGCAGUAGUUGGGUGCUCCAAGCUCUUGCUUGCAUGCUAUCCUACGUUGUAAAUGUCAUGGCCGUGCAGCGGUUUCGGCCAUCCAUUGAAAAUGAUAAUCAGUUGAAUGAGAAAGGCGGCCUGCGCGAAUGUUGAGAUUUGCGAUAUGGAGAGGCGGACGAGGUUUACAUUUGACGGAGGAGUGCUUCUGAGUGCGGUCCCUUAACUGGACAUAGGUGGAGCGGCGAGCAGGAACGUCCUGGCGACCGUUGAAUCCGAGUCGUUGCUGUCACAAACAGCCAGAGUAGCCGGCUUAAAGUACAUGUUGCUCGGUGCUGCGGUUGAGCCGGCUUCGCUGGGAACCGGCCCUGAAGCCCAGGCCUGUUGUUGUCAUGUGGGGUUGCGCUCCUUGCUCCACUUAGAGGGGAGUGCAAAGGAGGAACGGAACGCCACAAACAAGUGCGCUUGUGCCGAGUGUUGUACCGAGUUUAGAGGGUUCAGGCGGGAAGGCAGUGUGUCACUAACCGGGGUUGGUUUUGAGCCAUUUCGCCGUACCAUCUGUAGUACGGUUGGGCGAGGGAUGCAUGAUGUGGACGAUUGACUUUGCCACGAGUGCUGUGAGAGCGAGUGAGGAGUGCGGCAAUGAAGGGAUACUGGAGUGAGAGCUAGCGGCUUUACUGACGUAACCACUGUUGCUUGAAGCCAGUCAUGCGCUUCGCUUUACGGUAACUUUAUCACCCUGCUCACGCGGGGAUUACACGCAUACAUUUUGGUUGAGAGUGGAGGUCUGACGCACCCUAUCAGGUAAUCCUUUGCAUGUUUACAUCUCCUGCAGUCGCCGCACAUCACAAUCCAUAACACUGCUGACAAAGAACGCUGCUAAACGGAGAACCGACCUCACCUAAGUGUGCGCUAUUAUGAUCUUUGCCUCGAGAUAACGGUUUGCUCGGGUAACUUUUAACUUCUGUGCCUGGAAGGAAAUGUCCGUUGGGAGUACGGUCCUUCGGUCCAAUUAUGGCCGAAAAGCCGACUUUAAACAGGUUGACCCGUUAACAGUUUGUUAAAUUCAUAAUAGA